AUGAUGGAGACAUUCCUCGUCCUGGGCCUGUGUUUCAUCCUGUACGAGGCAUUGGAUUUCUUUCAGGGCUGCAUACACAGUAACACACCAUCGCCAAGUGAUCAAAUUGAAGCCUAUCGCCGCGAGUUGGACGAACAGCGUCAGCAGCAGCAGCAGGAACAGUUCCUUGCCGGCCUGACGCCACUUUUGGGCGCUCAGUUUGCCGCCGCCGCCGCAGCCGCAGCUGCCGCAGCAGCUGGAUCGUCUGCCGGUGGUUCCCAAUCCACCCUAGGCAGUACGACCACGCCCACAGCCUCGACGGCGAGUGUGAUUAGUGAUUCGUAUGAUCAGGAAUCACAAUCCCAGACCCAAUCGCAGUCCCAAUCCCAAUCGAAUCAGCAAGCCCUACACUCCCUAAGCACCCCAGGGCUAUUCCGUCCCGCUGCCCUGGGCUAUUACGAUCCCGAGGAUCCUUUACAUGCCACCUCAUCCCUGCCCCGUGACUAUUAUUAUCUGCAGCAACAGCAACUAAAGAAUAAGGUCAGCUCACGAUCUUUACUCUCCAAAUUCUCGUCCACCAACUCGGAUAAUCGCAUCCAUCCCGAGGCGGGAGCCGGUGCAGGUCACAGUGUCCUUGGAACAGCAGCGGUGAUAACCAGUCAACCCUUGCCCGCUGGUGAAGUUCCACCCAGUCUCUUCGAUCCCGGUCAGGGUCAGGUAGCAGCGGGACAACAGCAGCUACAAUCCUCAUCACCGCUCUUCAUCGAACUCAAGCGGGCCAUCAUCAGUCAGAGUAAUAACAAUCACAGUCAGAACUCUCAAUUCCCCGAGGAAGACGAUCCCGAGGAGGAUCAGUGUCCGCAGUGUGAAGAGGAGCAUAUUCAGUAUUUGGCAGAGACGCUAGAGGAUCUAGUUGAUAGCCAAGAGCAGGACGAGGAGGAGCAGGACAACGACAACGACGAGGAGGAAGAGGACGAGGACGAGGAGGAGCAGCAGCAGCAGAAACUAGUGGAGGAUCAGCACAUCUCAUACGUGGGUGGUGCCACCAGUGAGCCGGAUAUUUGUGCCGCUGCCCGACAAUUGCCGCGCAUCCAUCACAUCGCCAUUGACGAUAUUGCUGGACAGGAUUACAACGGAAUAUCGGGUCACAAUUCGCACGCCGACUUCAGGGAAAUCGAGUGCGAACGUCUGCGACGCAAGUGCGUGAGCGUUAAGCGCAUCUAUAGCAUAUCCGAGAAGUUCUAAAUCAGAUCUAAAUCACCGCUAUUCAGAUCAAUCGUCAUACUCAAUUCGAUAUCAGA